CGGGAAUCCUGACUGAUGGAGAAUUCACAGAUCGACUACCGACCUGCACGCUCAUGUAUUGCAAAGUAGCUAUCUAUCUGCGAAGACAUUUGUGUCUUCUGCCAUUCCUUAGCCCUGCGAGUCCAUAACGACCCUUCAUACAUAUUCCUGCGCCGGCGGCGAACCGUUAGGCCUCCCUUUUGUUUCCAUACCUCCAGAGUAGCCGCGCCUGUUGGUCAGACAUUGCCCGAGAUAUCUUGUUUUUUGAAUAAAUACAUGGUUUUAGAUGCCAAAACAAAGAUCUUCCACUGCAACAACUCUGCUGGUACCACAACACCCCCUUAAUUCUCCAGACAGUCUUCAAGAUGGAGAAGAUAGAGGAAGAACUUACUCAGCCAGCGACACAACAAGUCCUCGACCCUCGCCGACUUGGCAAGAAUUCCUCGGAUCUAAGUGACGAGGACUUAGCAGAUAUCUUCUGCAUUAUCCAUCCUUCUUCGCUCCCUGCGAUUCGAGCCGCUGCUCUGAUCCAUGAGCUCACCCCCGAGCAUACAAUCACUUCUGAAGGCAACGUGAACAUUAGAGAAAAGGAAGUCAACCCACAAGACCCUGGUACGUUUGAUCUUGCGGCUCAGGGAUUGGUUUCAUGCGAUAUCGUGCUUCGCCUUUCCGCCAAAACGAAGAACCCGGCUGGUGGCUUCCUAUUUGGACGAAACCAGCAGCGAUGUGACUUCGUUUUGGGCCGCGACGACCAAGUCAAGCGUGUGAGUAAUAUUCACUUCCGGAUCUACAUCAAUGAAUACGGCGUCAUUAUGCUACAAGACAUGUCUACGAAUGGCACCGCCGUUGAUGGACACAUGCUUCGCGCAAAAGAGAAAGAAAACGGCAUGGAGUAUCGGCACACCCUCGAACUUGGCUCUAGAAUCACUCUCGCUAUGACACCCCCCGAAGAGGACUUCAGAUUCAUUGUCCGGAUUCCACGCCGGGAUGAGGUCACUGAAUUGGCCUACCAGCAAAACUUGACAAAUUACUUCAUGCGUAUUCAGAAUGCUCAGAUAGAGAGAAAGGAACCUGCUAUCAAAAACAGAGAACCGCCCAAUAUCUUCGCAUCACGAGAUGUCGGCACCCCAAAUUACUCGACGUCUUCUCUUGGUAGACACAUUAGAGAGUGGAAGGGCGGCUCGAAGUACAACAAGGUUGGCACCAUCGGCAAGGGCGCUUUUGCUGUUGUCUAUAAAAUUACGGACAAGUAUGAUGGGGUUCCAUAUGCUGCCAAAGAACUCGAGAAGCGACGCUUCAUGAAGCAUGGUGUCCUUGAUCAAAAGGUUGAUAUGGAGAUGAAGAUCAUGCGGAAGAUCAAGCAUCCGAAUAUUGUUCAAUACAUUGAGCAUGUUGACUGGGAUGAGUAUCUCUACAUCAUCAUGGAGUACGUCCCCGGUGGAGACCUUGGCAGCUUGAUCAACAAGUAUGGUAGACUCCAAGAACUGGAAGUUAAAUCAAUGGCCACUCAGCUUCUCAGCGCUCUGAAGUAUCUCCACGGACAGGGCAUAACCCACCGGGAUGUCAAACCGGACAACAUCCUUAUCCAUAGUCACCGUCCCUUUCAGGUCAAGCUGACUGACUUUGGUCUGUCAAAGAUGGUAGACAGUGAAGACACCUUCCUUCGGACAUUCUGUGGAACUCUUCUCUAUUGUGCUCCUGAGGUCUACUCGGAGUACCGUGAGUAUGAUCUGCAAGGUACAAGAACCCUCCGAGGUAUCGACAAGAAGCUACUUCCACCACAGCGUUAUGAUCAUGCAGUGGAUGUCUGGUCUCUAGCUGGAGUGCUCUUCUUUACGCUGUGUGCAAGCCCUCCAUAUCCUGUAAAGAAUGGGAUUUCCUAUCAGGAGCUUCUCCAUAUUAUCAUGACCAAGCCACUUGAUAUCAGACCCCUCCAGAAGGUUGAUGUCUCGGAGAAUGGAAUUCGGUUCAUUAGACACAUGCUACAUAUUCGUCCUGAGCAUCGAGCAACGAUCCCUGAACUUGAGUCGGACGUCUGGAUUACAGGUGCACCUCAGAGCAUGGAGUCUAUUGAUGAGGAGGAAGUCGAUCUGGUUCAGAGUGGUUCUGUUAUCAAUCCAGAACUUGAGGAAGGAGCAUCUCAGUUGAGCAUUCAUGAUCCUUGUGACAGUCAGAUUGGUGAGCCUGAGGAAAUCAGCGGAGUUAACCAGUAUCGAGUCGAAAUUCCCAACAGCUUCAAUACGAGUGAUGGAAAUUCGAAUGGUAACGAGAGUUCUGCCCUGACGCAGAAUGCUGGAAACGGCAGACUAUUUGGGGAGGUCGAUACUUCUGCCUUGGGAAGUUCUGGCGCUAUUCCUUCGAGCCUUCUCCCGGUUCCCACGGUGAAUCAUCGUGACGUCCGCUCUAUGUCCACUAUUUUCGGCGGAUCAAUAAACGCUCAGAGUGAGCCUGUCCAUGAUACAUCGAGCAUACAGCACGUUCAACAGCCACCUCCAGUCAUGACAGUUACCAUGGUAUACCAGCCACUCCCGACUGAGGUUGAGAGACAUGGUGAUAGGGCUUCGAGUCUCAUGGGUGCGGAGUCCAUGGUUGGACAUCUAAACAUGCAUUCUCCAUCAGCUGCUUCGUCUCCUGCUGGGUCUCCCGCUGCGGAUGCACCCACCACUGUCGCUUCACCCGCUCAAGAAGGCCUUAGUCUUCGACGACCUCACGAGGAGAUGAGCUCUGACGACCGUAGUUGGCAACCUGCCGAUCUACCAGCCAAGAGAGUACGCAAAUCAAUGCGAGAGAUUGAUAUGCCGGCGCCCCAGCAGCUGUUCUGGGAUCCCAAGGAUAAAUCUACUCACCACAACAAUUACCCGCAUAUGACGUUGUCGGAGUUCAAUACCUACCAGGAGCUUGCCAAGAGAAAGGGCGAGUUGUUCGAGCAUGGCCAUGCCACGUUUGAUACAACAAUGAACAGCUUCAGAGCCAGUCGAAGCCCAUCUGUCGAUCCCGAGGCUACUCGAGCGCAAUCCGAACCGGUAAAGGAGGGUCGCCGCAUGAUGAUGAAGCGUGAUGAAAGAAAGCUUGGCGACGGUGUAAUCGAGGCCUCUAAGACUCAGCAUUCUGCCGCUAAGGAUCAAUCUCUACCAACAACCGCUCAUGGGUCCAACCAGCCCAAUACCCCCGAGACCAAAUCAUCCGACAUCACAGCCGGCCACGGCGUUGUAGGCCACGACUUCCAACCACCCAAGCGUAUCCUCGGAAAGCUUUUUGCCACACAGGACAGCUGCCUCCCUACCAUCACCCUGAAUAUCGUCGAGACAGUCACGAGCUGGGGUCGCGGCUUCCAGAACACUAAUCGCUACUCCAACCCCAACGAGAUCCGCGUCCCUAAAUACGCCUUCAAGAUCUUCGCUUUCAAGCUCGACAACGAAUGGGAAUUCGCUCCCCCCGACCCCAACUUCAACACCAAAGGCCUAUCCUUCUACAUCUCCAGUAAAGCCUCGAUGGGAAUCACCAUCAACGGCGUCAGCCUCCCCAGCAACGACCGCCAGAACCCCGAGACGCCGUCGAAGUACUGGGGCGAGCUCCGCCACGGCGACAUUAUCACCGUGUGGCAGCACGACAUCGACAGAAAGCAGUUCACCCGCUUCCGCUUCGAGUGUUAUCACGGGAAUUCCAAGGACCCUCGCCCCGCCAGCGAACCCUUCUCUAUCCUCCCCGAGGGCAAGAUCCUGGAUAAACUGGAGAAGUACUGCCGUAACCACGAGAAGGCUCUCUUGCAGAACACUCUCUCUCCUGGAGUUUAAUCUGGCUCUCCUUCCCUGGUCUUUCUUAAUCCAGACUCUGUUUACAUCAGCAGCGCCUCUUCCCCAUUUUCCUUUUUUUGUUUCCCCCCAAAAAUUGAGAUUGGCAGACAGAUA